CCCCGCUGUGGGCAUCCUCCUAACACACUGGCUCUUCCUUGCAUUGAUGGCUGUUACCUCCCCAAACAAGAGAAUCAAUUCGUUCACACUAUCUUAGAGGAAAUCUUCACCUUUCAGGAGAAAAAUGAUCAGAAAAGCGUCCUACUAUUCCCACCUCUUUCAAGCCGACUUCGCUUCCUAAUUCACAAAACCACUUUGAACCACCCUGACCUCACCACCUUCUCCGUUGGUGAUGGCUGGGCUCGCAGAACUGUUCUCUGCCAUUCCAAUCUCAGGUUGCAUACAGAGGAAGAUUGCAGAGACACAGAGCGCAGUUCCUUUGAGCGACCGCACUGUCGGGGCAGGGGAAGGGGGAGCAGAGGCAACAGCAGACCACCAGAAACCACAUUCAACAACAGAAGAGGACACAGACGGCCCGACAAGCCUGUUUAUGUUCCGCGUGCUGUAAGACAGAAUGUGUCUGAAAGCUUGGCAGACUUUGAACAGCUGAACCUCAACCCUUGCGAGAACAGCUUGAGCACUUCAGAGGAAUCCAGCUCUGAUGACAUCAUGAAGGGACCUCUUGUAGCCAAUCAGGAGCCAGACGUGGAUAGCACUAACCAAUCACUAAACGAUACCUGCGACCAGCCCGUGUCUUUCUUAAAAUCCCUGACAUUAGAUGACCGAGAUGAUGAAAACUGUAGCAACACAGUCGUUCCCACAGAUGAAACCAUCCAGCUACUCAGCAGUGAGGAAAUUGAACAGUUCUACACUGAGAUCAAAGCCAACCUGAAACACAAGGACGUUGUCAUACAGAAUACCUGCAAUGAUUAUUCUGGUUUUGCAACUAUCUGGCUCGACCAAAAUGAGUUCUCGCAUGUUGUUGAGAUCUAUGACUUCCCUAACAUCUUUAAAACUGAUGAUCUCCUCGAUGCUUUUGAGGACUACAGUGGGGGGGGCAUGAAGAUCAAGUGGGUAAAUGACACUCAUGCACUCGGUAUAUUCUCAAGUCAGGCAGCAGCUGAACAGGCGCUCUCCCUUAAGCAUCCGUUACUGAAGAUCCGUCCUCUCUCAGAGGGAAGUCAGAAAGCAAAGUGGAAAGCAAUGAGACGAGCAGAAUUUAUUCAGCCGGUGAAGGAGAGGCCGCGUACAGACACUGAGGUCGCUCGGCGGAUGGUGACCAGAGCGCUGGGUUUGAGAGGAGGAUCAAAAGGAAAACAACUCUGACUCAAAAAAGACUGUCGUUUUUAAGAUAUAUCUCGAAGCAACUACUAAACCGCCAACAUUUACUCUCUCAAUCUUUUUUAAAUGUAAAGAACAGCCCACAUUUUGCUGUGCUCAUCACUGACAGGUGUGUAUGGCUUUAUUAACAAAUAAUAAACAGAAUAAAACCAUGAAUACUGUGCCAGAUGCAGAAAUGUAAAGUGUAUCUUUUUUGUGGUUACACAGGAAGUGUUUGGCAUCUCACAAGUGUUCCAGUUAUUAAUUUCCUGAGCUAUGUUCUAUUAUAGAAACCUGCCGAUGGUUUAUUGACCAUCUGUUUGUGUGUUCUGGUAAGCAUUUAAAGCACCUUUUUUCUUCACUUUUUUAAAGCAGGAAAUGUGGCUUGGGUAAACAGUCUUGUUUAUUUCAGCCUGCUUGGUUACCUCUUACUAACACAUCUGGAAUCUCUUGACAUCUGGUCCAACUAUUACAAACACACCAUUUUGUUUUCAGUACCUUAUUUCCAUUAGGACUAGAAAUAUUGGUAACAGUUAGGUGUUAUUUGUUAACAGUAGUAAAUGCAUUUGCUAACAAUGAACAAUUAAAAUUUUACAGCAUUUAUUAAUCCUUGUUUAUGUCAGUAAAAUUAUUCAUGUAAGUUCAUGGUGUAUUAACUUAUGUUAACAGACAAAUGUUUUAAUGCAAAAAUAAACAUGAACUAAGAUUAAUAAAUGCUGUUGAAGAAAUGAUCAUUGUUAGAUGUUGGCUAAUGCAGUAACUAAUUGUUAACAAGAAGCACCUUAUUUUAAAGUGUAAACAAAAUUUUGAAGAACAAAGUAAUGUUGCUUGGAUAUAUAAAAAAAUGAUAGACCCUAGAAUUUCUUUCACUGUUUAUUUAGGACUACAUUCUUGAAUUUAUUGAUUGAAGUCCGUUCCAGACAUUUUAUCAGGGCAGAUAAAAACAAACAAGACCGGAACACUUUGAUUUGUUAUGAUUGGCAUUGCUUCAGAGGAAUAUGUUGUUUCUUUGUUAGUUCUGUUGGUAGAGUUUGGAUUUUAAGCACAACGUAUGUUUGGGAUUUGAAUGUUUUGGGGAUCGAAAAGGAGACAACGUGGCAUUUGUGGCACAUUAAAUAUAUGUAUUUUGUUUAUACAUAUUACUUGCGGCUAAACUCAUACUAGAUUAUAUAGUUUAAAAGGUUUGAUUUAAGGAUUGAUUUGUUUCGACAUUUGAUUUACACGUUUGUUUAUUUAUUGUCUGAAUAUGUUUUUGUGUACUUUGAGAGAUGUUUCAGAAAAAUUCUGCAUAUUACAUUCCUUUUUAAAGGUGUAACAUUGUCUUAUGUUAGUUUGAUUCUAUUGUCAUUAAAACCGUUUUUUAA